AUGGCCGAGGACAAGUGGACGGGCUGUGUUAAAAGUCUUAAAGGAGUUAUUCUGGAUAUGUGUGGUGUGUUGUAUGACAGUGGCGAAGGAGGAGGUGUUCCGAUAGACGGCUCUGUCGAAGCAGUGAAGAGGCUAAAAGCGUCAGACCUGCAGCUGCGUUUCUGCACCAAUGAAACACAGGCUACACGAGAAAAGUUUGUGGCUAAACUGCGGCGAAUGGGCUUCGACAUCUCCGUCAACGAGGUCUUCUCUCCCGCCCCGGCCGCAGUUGCUAUCCUCAAAGAACGCGGCCUGCGCCCGCACCUGCUAGUUCAUGAUGAUGUGAUCCCUGAGUUUGAAGGCGUGGAUAAAACUAACCCAAACUGUGUGGUCAUUGGUGAUGCUGCUGAAAAUUUCUCUUAUCAGAACCUGAAUGACGCAUUUCGUUUGCUCAUCGGCCUGGAGAAACCUGUGCUCUUCUCACUGGGCAGAGGGCGUUACUAUAAGGAGACAGAUGGUCUGAAGCUGGACGUUGGAGUCUUCAUGAAGGCCCUGGAGUAUGCCUGUGAUAUUGAGGCAGAGGUCGUGGGGAAACCAGCACCCAUGUUCUUCCAGAGUGUUCUGACUGAUAUUGGCAUCCAGCCUCAUGAGGCUCUUAUGAUAGGUGAUGACCUGGUUAAUGAUGUCGGAGGUGCUCAGCAGUGUGGCAUGAAGGGUUUACAAGUGAGGACGGGAAAGUACAGGCCAAGUGACGAGAGACAUCCCACCGUCUCUGCCGACGGCUAUGUGAAAAACCUGGCAGCUGCUGUGGAUGCCAUUCUGAAACACCGUGGCCAGUGACGUAGGAGCCUUCUAAAACCGAUCCCAGAUCUGCUGUAGUCACCACUGUGUUGUAGGCAAACUGAAACAGACAUGUAAUAACUUGAACACAGAUCAGCACCUUAUAUAGACAUAUAACAUAGUGUAUUAUAGUUAGGUUAAUUACUCUGCAAGUGAUCAGUGGGUAAAACCUCACUUUAAUACUGUAAACAGUAAUGUUUUGAAUAUUGACAUGAAAGAGUUUAACUGUUGA